AUGAUGACGCCUUCCUACGACCUGGCAGAAAAGCGUGCUUUUGAUCGGUUCAUCGGAGUUUACCAGUACCAUUUCGCAAGAAGUCUCUUGCUUGACCUCCGAGGCAAGAUCGAGUUCGCCGAAGUGGACCGCAUUCGCGGGACGGUUUCCUUUUUGCAGCUGAACGCCCAGACGCUAAAUUUGGAGGCUAUUGACAACUACUACCGGCGGCCGACUGGGGAGCUCCAGAAAUCUUCGUCCAGCAGUAGCCUGUCGAAUUCCCGGAAGAAUAGUUUGAUCAUAUCUCAGGCGACGACCUCCCUUUCCGGUCUGAAAUCGUCCACAGAACAAGUGCUGACCCGCGGCUCCGAUCCGUCGCUGGGAGCGCAUGCGGGAAAUUUUUGCUACCUGCGCGCGGAUCUGGAUCCCCGGGAUCCCCUCCGGAACCCGGAACUCGAGGUCGACAUGAUCGAAGAAUACGUCGAGGCGAUUACGCGUCUGUACUUGAAGCGGGAAAACGCGAAUGAAAACGUUUCGGACGACGCUGCGUACGACACAGAGUGGUUGAAAGUUCUACUGCUGCGCGAUUGCAUCGACGGCGAGGGGCGUUUGCUGUUCCUCCCCGAGGAUCUACCACUGCGCUUCCAAUUCCGCGAGGUGCAGAAGGGCGUGAUGCGGGUCAUCAACAGCCUCACGGGGAUGAACGGCAGCCGGCGGAGUUUUGUGCAGACCAAGCCGCUCAAGCCGAGUGACUGGCACCGGCGCCACCCAGAAAUGCAGGAUCCAACGCGGAUCAACUUAUCCGAGAAGUAUUUUCGCAUGCUGGUGCUGGACCAGAUCGACUGGAGUGCCAACACCACGAAGAAUCUCGCCAGCAACACUUCUACUUCCGGAGCUAGCACCAGAUCUGGUGGAAUAUCAUCAAAUGGACCGGCCGGGUCCACGAACUCGCGCGACAGGGUGGACAGCAGUGGGCGAGGACCCCCGAAGGUUGUUUCCCAGCAGCAACGCAACUCGACGACGGGCCUGCCGCCGUCUAGCAAGACAUCUUCGAAUAUCAAUGUCGAGGGGUGUGUUGUCGUUGCCCCGACCGGACACGAAAAACCUAACAAACCGUUCACGGGUGGCGCGACCGCACACUUGGUCGUGCCCAUUACGGCUGAGGAAUUGCUGGUGCGUGGCAUUUCCGAGCGGUUUCACGGAAAGCUGCCGAAAUACUGCCUGUUCUACAACACAAACGGCCCAGCGGAGCUCGUGCAACGUACGUCGAUCUCCAACAACAUGAGCAAUCCCUUCACCGCGACAAGGCUGCUGAACUUGUUCCGAACCAAGUUUUCGCAAGAGGAAAGCUCCCUCACGGGGGGCGUCGACGGAUUCCACAAUCUGUGGAUCAUCAAACCCACGAACCAGAGCCGUGGCCGCGGAAUCCAAGUGGUGAACACGUUAGAGGAAAUCUGGAAGACGCGGUCGUAUAAUUCGCUUGCCAAAGCGAGCAUGGGUUUGUUUUCGCGGUAUGGUCCGCUAGCCUUGCACCACAUUCCCGUGCGCAGCGACGGUGUGCCGAGUUUCGAUACGGGUUGCUUGCAAGUCGCGAAUGGGCGCGCGCGAGGGAUUUCGAGUACCACGACCGCCGCGGUCAGCAGCUCUAGUAGCUCCUUGGGACUGAUGAACCUGUCAACAUCUUCUGUAGUACCAACUACGGGCACGACGACGACCAGCAGGGGCGGACGACUGGCAGAUAGAAAUCGCCCUCCCGCUCUGCUGACCUCUGACGACAUCGGUCCCGGCGGUGCUCGCGCCUCCAAAAAGCAGAGCCGCAGCGCCUCCCUAUCGCCAAGUAAGAUUCUGCGGACGCUGGAAAAGGACUACCAGAAUUCCAGUGGAAACAGCUCGAGAAGUCACUCGGCUUCCGAGGACGGAGAAAACAACCAGUACGAUAACGAAACCAAGGACGAGGCUGGUGGUGACGGGGAAACUUUCUUUCCUGAUCGUGAUCUUCAACAACAACAGCAGUAUAACACCAACUCGCCCAACACGCCGAGGCGAAGAACCACGACGGACGAAUUCCGGUCUCCGACCACGACCGGUAAGGAUCCCAAUGUGGGAAAUUUGAUUUGCCAGAAGUACAUUGAGAAACCCCUGAUUAUUACCCGACGAAAAACAAAGUGUUUCAGUUUUUGCACUUUUGUCGCAAAGCCACCUUGCACAAAUUGUCUCUGCAAAACGACAGAGAAAACUUGCAAUGCAAAGAUCACAAGGGACGAACAAUGGAUCUUAUAGCAGAACACGUAUAAAACGUGGCCCAAAUAAAGCAUUCGAAGAUUUCGCGCAUGACAAAGGUUGUCUGUCCUCUUGCCGGUGCUGCAACACACUGAUGCGUUCGUAACUGUAGCACUUUUUUCUUUGCAUAGUCAUCGGGCGAAGGAAGUUCGACAUCCGCCAAUGGGUGGUCGUUACGAAUUGGGAGAGCACGGGCAGCCGCUGCUUGCGAGCUUGGAUGUACGAAGACUUUUACCUGCGGUUCGGUGCACGCGACUUCGACCCGAACAGCUGCGACCCCUACAUACACCUGACCAACAACGCCGUCACAAAGCUGUGUCCCGACAAAGACUCCUCGACCUCGCCAGCGAACAGGGGAACAGCGCAUAGUGGAACAACAACCAGCGGCACUUCUAGUAACAUCACCGCGUUCAACACCGGGCCUUCUAGUACGUCGUACAAUAGCACCACGAAGUGGAUCGACGACACCAUGUGGAGCUCCCAGCAAUUCUUGAAGUAUCUGCAGGAAUACGAGCACGGGCGCAUUGACGGAAGCGAUCUGUUGAGGCAGAUCAAGGAAUAUUUGUGGAUCUCCCUGCACUCCGUUCAGAAAAAGGUUCCGCACCGGGAGGACUCCUUCGAGAUCUUUGGCUUCGACUUCAUGGUGGACGAUUGCGGAAAAUUGUGGCUAAUCGAAGUGAAUUCCGCGCCAGAUCUGUCGUUUUCGACCGCUACGACCCGCGAGCUGGUCACGGGACUUCUGACGGACGUGGCUUUGCUGGUGACCAAGUACGAGACGCAUCGGAACAAGGCGGGGUUCAAGCAGUUGAACCAGACCGUUUGCCAAGGCGGCGUCACGCGGCGAGCCGGGAAGCUCCAGCUCCUCACCCAGGAAUGCAUCAGCGCCGAGUGCGGGCGGUUACUCGGGUUGGAUUCCGUCUAUGCGGUCUAUCGGGACGAUCCGGGAGGACGGGCGAACCUGAGCUCCGCAGCGUCCGGAGACCAAUAUAGUACGGAGCAACAAGCAGUUCCGGGAACACCAAGAGGCAGAGCUGGUAUUAACAGUGGCCACCAGAUGGUCCGAAGUGGCAAUCCGAAUCCGAUUCGCUCGCCGUCAUCGAUCAUGGAGGCUGCGAUGCGCAUAAACAAAAACCGAACCACCUCAACCGGAGCAGGAGCUCCGGCCGCCGCAAAGAGUGGCUCCGGGUCGCACAUUAGUGUAGCAGGUGGAGCUGCGGCUCGUCCUGGAACGUCGACUAGUACCAAAAAAACUGCGGAAAGCACAGCGGUGCCUAGCUCUAGCUCAAAAGCGGAUCAGCAGCCGCCUGGGAGUUCUUCGUCAUCCCGCCGCGGCGGCACGAACGGGUCCGAUGCCGAUACCACCGCGACAAGUGGGAACGAAAACAAGAGGUCGGGCUCGUCCUCGUCCUCGGCCAGUAGCAGUAGCUCAUCGUAUGUUGUACCACCAUCUUCAAAAUCUAGCGGAGUGCAGCAGCAGCGAAAUAUCAAUAACCCGGCGAAGGAGCAGACUCCUACACCGAUUUGGCACAAUGCUCACGCCAAGGCGUUCAACGGACUGAAGCCGAUGGAGCGGACCAAGAUGAAGGGCAUGUCGUUUUCCUGCAUGCACUACCACCACCUCAGCGACGACAAGGGGAGUAGUACCAUGAAAGCUAAUUUCCUAGGCGCAACGCUUGUCGACGAAGCUUCGGUCGCGAGCACGCCAAACAAGGCGUUCUGGCGACCGACGAGCAUCCCCGCAGGCGCCACCCCAAGUGCGGUAGUGGAGGCCUUGUUGGUUCGUAAUCUAUUCAUCCAGCAAUCGGGGGGUGUUGAGUCGGGUAGUAGUAGCACUGCGGCGAAGCAGGGCAAGUUCAUGGAAGAGAAGUUCACAAACAAGACGAAGACUACAGAAAGUGCUACCGGAUCUUCUGCACGAGAUGAAGUGAAAGAAUCGCGGCCCGCUAGCACCAGCAUUGGAGGGCCACCAGGGAGCGCAAAGAACUACAGGACCAGCAUGACAUCCAAUAAUCGGCAGCCGGCCGCGUUUUCAGGGACGACUCCGUCAAGGCAAAAACAGGAUCCAGCAGCAACUUCUACGACCCCCCAAGCGAAAAGUGGUGCUGGGUCGACGUCCACGAACCUGAAUGCUGUCGCCGUGCCAAAAACUCCUCCGUUCCGGACUUCUUCCAUCAUUGAUAAGCUGCGGCAAAGCAACGGCUCCAGUUCAACUUUGCGCUACGUGGGAACAAAGCCGCCUCCUUCCCCAGGUCCGAACACGCCAACGAUUCGGAGCAAUGCAGCGGCCCAAGCGGCCGCGGUCUCGCCGCGAAGCCGGAAAGUGGGGUAUACGCCUCCGCCCUACUGUUAUUAUCCGGAUUUCGUCGAUUCACUGUCACAGGCAGAAGACGACGGAGUAGCAGGUGGAGAGAGCAGUACAACUUCUACGAGUCACGUAUUGAAGGGUGCUGUGACAACUCCUGCUAGUACGUCGUCAGGUGUUGACCACGUAAAAAGUCCGAUCAAGAGGAAAAUUUCUACUGUGAAAGGCGGCCAGCAGGGGUUGUUCAUCGGUGCUGCGAACCAGAAUAAAUCUUCCACACAACAAGAAGUACAAGAGCGCGCCGAGGAGCUGCGGCGCCGCCCCGCCACUGUGGCGACGACGACUUUGUUGGGUGUGCGCGACAACGCGGAGGCCUCUUUCCGGACGCUUGUGGUAACCCUGGACGAGUUACUGGCCAACAGCCCAGGUACCCGCGAGAGCCAGUCGGAGCAUAAAAAGCACACGAAGAAUUUGUGCCGGAUCGUCACGCAGUUGGAUCAGGUGGCCGAGUCGUCCGAACGGGCUCUCAUCAGGCGACAAGUACGGAAGGCCGCACUCUCCUUGCGAGUCGCGCGGGAAAAGAUCCACCGCAGUCGGGGCAGUGACGAGUCUAGCGUACUACUGGUCGAAGAUGUUGUGGAUCGAAUCGACACUUUGCUAAGGUAUUAGCUUUAUUUGCGUCCUCUGCGAAAGGAAGUCGAUGUGGCAUAGUACUCAUGAUGCAAGCUACUACUUAAUUUUAUAGUUUGUUUGAUGUUGUAGUUGUUUCCAUUUGAAUGUAUGAUCACCAGCGCGCGAUUGAUGCAGUGAGUACUUUCUUAUUCUACUUACACAAAAGCGAGAGCGACUAGACGGCAAACUAAUCGCCAUUGCUUCCUUUUUCAGCAAACUCUCUUUUCAUACUGUAACAGGUCUCCAUUUUGUUUAUUUGUGUUUGCAUACAACCAGCAAUUGCAUUCUUCUAUGCAUCAAUCAAUCUGUUCAUUUGAAUUUGGAAUUAGAGCAACCGAUCUGGUCGGUUUCAACCUCAUGAAGCAUUAAAAAAAAAGACAAUGAUGAAUUAAAAGGAUAACGAAUCUUUUUCAAGAUGAUCAUGAUUUUUUCGAAGUGCCGAUUGAUUUGGAUGGAGGCCGUGCUUUUAAACUUGUUUGUAAUCGGGUCGGCCUGUUGUAACAUGUACCAGGAAUUACAUGUAAUCAAAAACUCAUCCUGUGCAGUAUCAUUGUGUUCAAAAAAACAAAGUUUUUUUUUCCGCCUGUACUCGAGAAGACGACGAAGAAGUCAGGCUGCUAGACGAAUCAGCUUUGUGAGGAAGACAUUCUUGUUUUUUAUGUAGGUAUGCGUGAACGUCUCGAAAGAUAAAAUAUGAAGUUUUCUCUGCAUUUUUAAUGUCGUCUACUUCAUCCGAGGAUGUGCUUUGGAAAGAAACCUCGCAGUUGAGUUCUCUUUGAGCCAGAGCAAAAAUUAAAAUUGCCAUCUGAGAUUUUACUUAAGUUGUACAAACAUGGCAGGACUUCAAAUACAGCUCAGUUCGCCUUCCUACAGUGCUCUACUCAAACUUCCCUUUGGGACUUUAUUUUUCAAUAUAGUAGCAUUUCUUACCCGCAGUGGCUACCACGGGUAAAGUCGACCAAGUUGUCCGCACAAAUCCAGAAAAGUCGUAAGAGCGCCAAAGAUGUUGAUUAUCUCAGUUUUAGUUCUGUCUAUCUAUAAAAAUUUGCAGUGGUGCUUUGAUAUACCUUGGAAAUAAAAUUUUCAUUGAUUAGAUUUUGCAAAAGCACUUCUAGCGGUCGUGAGGACUUACAAAGAACAUACCUUGCAAACUAUGUUUUACGUAGAGGUGCACAGAAUUUCUAGGUCUAGACGUAGACCUUUAGCGGUAAAUGCAUCUCUUUGUUGCAGUUCCGCAGAGUUAGGCUGUUGAUCAUUUUUCUGUAAUUGCAAGAACGAUGAAAAACAAAAGUGAAAGACUUCCUCAUGUAAUUUUGGCUGACUGCUGCACGACUCCAGCCUACACAAGUAGACACGUUCGUAUUCACAGUUUGCCUUUCAAGACGAGCGAGUAUGUAGUUUUCUUUUCGGCAAAGACUGAAG